GUAAGUCUCAAGUCGGCUCGAAGCUAGACUUAAGACAAUGCUUGAGCUUAAGAUCGGUCUAUGAAUCCCAUCCUAAAGGUGCCUUUUGAUGCUGACGCUCGACGCUCAUUUUCAGAGCGUCCAAAAGAUCACGUGACCAUUCUGCUUGACGCUAGCGUCAAAGAAGUGAAGUUGAAUUUGUCUAACAAUUAGCGUCGGUCGCUGGAUUAUCUUUGAUUAUCCCGAUUCAAAUUUUGCCUCGAUAAUAAAAAAUGGAUUUUGACGUAAAUAUUAAUUUUCUACAAUUUACGAUCUUUAAUAAUGGCCUUGUAUCAAAGUAUACAAAAUAAUAUAUCUUAAAUAUAUAUUAUAACCUUAAAAUUUUACAAGGAUCGACUAAAAGAGUAUAAUUAGAGUAAAAUAUAAAAUAAGAAAAGUUAGAGAUACUAUAGUAAAUUAGAAAUAUUUUAGAAAUAUUUGUAGUAUUAUUUAAAUUUGAUGCAUUUUAGGAUGAAUCUAUCAAUCUCGUCCAAACUUGUGGGUUAUGUGAAACAAUCUGCGAUCAAGCAGAUAUUGCAGAACAUGAGUGCUUACAAGGCUAUACACAGUAUAUAACUGAUCCUGAUACACUGUAUUUUUAUCCUUUAUUAGAUGAUGGAGUGACCGUAAUAAAAAACAGAGUGUCAAACACAAAUAAAAAACAAACAGUGACAACGCAAUUGCACAAGAAAAAUACAAAUAAUUAAUUGAAUAAUUGUAUCAAAAUAAUGUGAAAACUUUUUUGUCUAUAAUAUAUUUAAAUUUUAUGUUUAGAUUUUGUUACGCCAAUACAAGGAAUAUUAUCUGAACAAAAUUCUUGUGCAAAAGAAAGAAAUUCAGAUAAAGGGUUAAAAGCAAAACUUAAUUAUGACGAUGAGGAAACUCUCAUUUUAGAAGUCCAGUUACGAGAGCCUCUCUGGAAUUAUAAACUUCCAUUACCACAACGCAGCAUAAAAAUUACCAAAAAUUUAUGACAAGAAGUAGCAAAUGCUUUAAAUGGAAAAAUUACAGCCAAUGAAUGUAAAGUAAAAUUUAAAAGUUUACAUGACACAUACCGACGAAUAAUUAGAUCAGAAACUAGUGCGAGUGGGUCUGCUCGAAAAGACGCUGGAAAUAAAUGGCCUCAUUACGACUCAAUGACAUUUUUACGAGAUUCUUGCUUGUUGAAAACCACCGUGAGUAAUAUUAAAGAGUCAUCUGAUUUUGAAGAUAAUUCUAUUGAAAAUAUAGAACCAAAUUGUGGGCUCCGGAAUAAAAAAAAGAAAAGCAAUUUGGAGACGUCUACUAGUGCAAUAGAAAAAAUUGCGAACUCAUUGUGCGACAAUAACGACCUACCUAUUAAUCUUCCACCUCCUCCAGUUCCAGAUGAAAUCGAUGCUUUUUUGUCAAUGUUAGGAUGCCAGUUGCGAGAAUUGCAAUUACGCAAACGCCGAGAAAUAAUGAAAAAGUUUUUAGACAUAAUUUACGAUGCUUUGGCAGAACAUACAUAAUUUUUUUUAUUACAUUAUGUAUUAUUUUAUUUUUUAUUAUAUAUUUAUAUUA